AUGGAUAUUAUGGAUAAUCGUAAACUAAUCGUCCUACUAAAAGAAGGUGAAACUAAAAUUAUUUUCUAUGUAAAGAACGAAGAACUAUACGACAUUAUGCACGAAGCUCAUAUAAAAACUGGUCACGGAGGUCGUGAACUUAAUUCCCGGUGUCAAGUAGACUUGGUAGAUAUGCAAACUUGCAAAGAUGGUGAAUUUAAAUUUAUAUUAAAUUAUCAGGAUCACCUAACCAAAUUCAUUCAAUUAAGACCUCUAAAAUCUAAAACUGCAGAAAAAGUUGCACAUCACUUAUUAAAUAUAUUUCUUGUUUUCGGUGCUCCAAAUAUUUUACAUUCCGACAACGGACGAGAGUUCGUAAAUAAAGUUAUAUCAGAGCUAUGUUCAAUGUGGGAUGGUGUGAAAAUUGUGCAUGGUAAACCACGCCACAGUCAAACACAAAGAUCUAUCGAAAGGGCAAACCAAGAUUUCCAAAAUAUACUGAGAGCUAUGAUGGAAGAUAAUGACACUACAAAAUGGUCAGAAGCAUUACCAUUUGUUCAAUUUACAAAAAAUACAACGUAUCAUCAAGGUAUUAAGCAAACGCCAUACGAAGCUAUGUUUGGCACUAAAGCACAAAGAGGUCUUUUGACAUCUUCUCUUCCACGAGAACAAAGAAAAACUAGCAACAGAAGAAGAGUUAGAACAAAUACUUCAGUCUAUAAGAAGGAGAAUACAAUUAAGAAUAGAGCAUUGGCACUAAAUGGACUUCAAACACAAGCAAGUGUAAUGCUGCGAUCGUCAAACCAAAAAUUUCCGUCUGCUCAAGUAGGUGAUACUGUUCGAGUGCGUGUUCCAGAUAUCGAUCGAGGACGUAUGGAUUACCAAAAUAUUUUGGCUGUUGUAAUGGACGUCGAUAAUGACUUCUACAAAUUAGGAACAAAAUAUGGAAUUAUCAGUCAGCUGUACACUCGAAAUCAAUUUGCAGUUUGCAAAGAAAAAUUGAUAUCGUUAAACGAUGUUUUAUCCGAUAAGACAAUGUUUUUGAGACAGGUAUCGACAGCUGCUUCCAAAAGUGGUGGCCAAGAUUAUGUACGAUGCAAUUGUACAAGUGAUACUGUGUAUUCAUGGUAUAAAAAUGACAAAUUACUCGUUGAAAGAAAAGCAAUAAUUGACACGGAACUCAUGGGUUUGAUAAUGAUUACAAUUCAAAGUCGGUAA